AUGCUUUCCAAGCGUGUGUCUCUCUUACCGAAAAACAUCACACUUAAAGGUUACAGGAAGCAGCUGGCCAGCAAGACUGCCAGCAAGAGCGCCCCGGCUACCGGUGGCGUCAAGAAGCCUCACCGCUACAGGCCCGGCACCGUGGCCCUGAGAGAGAUCCGUCGCUACCCGAAGUCAACGGAGCUUCUCACCCGCAAGCUGCCCUUCCAGCGCCAGGUGCGAGACAUCACCGCAGACGUCCAGACCGACCUGCGCUUCCAGAGCUCGUCCAUCAUCCCCAAGGACAUCCAGCUUGCACGCCGCAUCCGAGGGGAACGCACGUAA